GGUACACUGUGUAGGCUUUGCCGUCAAGUUUGAUGAACGUUGCGAUAUCAUUGCAAGACAUCGCUGGAAGUAGAAAACAUCCAAGUUUACAAUGCAGUACCAACAAUAGGGAAUAAAAGUGAGAGGUCAUGGUGAUCGUAGUUGUAGUGGUGUAAAAAAAGGGAAGAGAGAGAGAAAGAUUACUGUGAUAAAGGUAGAAAACUUAAUGGCGAGAAAGAAAGGCAAUGGUAAGAAAAGCGAUGGUGGUGAAAGAAGUUAAGCAAGAGACACAGAGGGUAAGGUGGGUGGUGGUAGUGACAUGGUGAAGGAACUGGAAGGUUUAGAGUAUAAGAAAAUAAGGGAAGCUGCGAGAAUUCCUCAAAUCUACACGUAGCAGACAGACCCUGCAUGAAACAAACCUUCCUAUUUCCAACAUCAUCCUCAUCCAUAAGAUUGUCCAAUUUCAUUGCAAACUUCCCAAUGAUUUGGUAAUAACAGCCUGAUUAUUAAGUCUAUUCCAUUCAUUAUGUAAAUAUCUAUUUGAAAACAAAAGAUUAGAUAAAUUUAUGGAUGGGGAUGUUAGAUGGAAUUAGGUGGUCUGCUCAUACAGGGACUGCCACGUGUAGGCCUGACAGCCUCUUGCAGAUUCCCUCUUAUCUUAUGUUCUUAUGUUCUUAAAUUGACUCAUAUUCAUUUUCAAAAUCCAACUUAUCAAGCUUGAACCAUUAUUUCUUGUCCUGACACUUACGUUACUAUUGCUAUAACCUACACCACUUAAAAGUUCCAUCUGAUCAGCUCAAUUCACACUUCUCUAACGAAUAAUAAUCCAAAAGCUUUAAACUCCUUUUUCUUAAGCAAUACUUCUCCUCCCUGGUAUCUUUUCAAUCUUUCUCAUUUAUAAUUAACCUAAUAGAUCUAUAACCUUCCUAUAAGAUGAGGACUAGAACUGCUCAUCACAAUUUACAUAAAGUCUGACCAGUGCUGAACGUGAAUGUGUUAAGGUAAGGAUGGUGAAGGUCAUAACAGGGAUAUAGAUGAAAGAGGAGACGAGGGAGUGAAAGGGAUGAAGCAACGGCAAAUGAGGAAUGAAGGAGGCAGCGGUGAGAAUGGGGGCCUGCAAGAGAGAGCGGGGGAGAGCACAAGGCCAGACUCCAGAGUGAGAGAGGGCAGUGUGGCAGUGGUCUGUGAGAGGUGGUGGCGGGCGGAACGGAGGCGACGCUGCGAGUGGGAUUGCACGUGUGCUAGAGGUGGUGGUGGUGGUUAUCUCAGUAGUGGUGGUUUGUCUUAGUGGUGCUGGUAGACGGCACUGCUGAAGGAGAAAUGUGAACCGAACUUUUUCCUUCCUUUUAUUGGAGCGACACGAGAAAAGACGAGGGAAGAACAGGAAAAAAAUAAGGAGGAAAGGGGAUAUAACAUGAUAAACAGAGAACAACAAAGAAAAAAAUGAAAUGAAAAACAUAGUCUGAAAGAAAAUAGGAGAGAAAGAAGAAAACAGUGAAAGAACAACAAAACUAUUCUGAUGACCACAAAUAACGGAAGGAACGGGCUAGAAUACAAGUGAGGAGUCAGAGGGAAAGAGGAGGAGGAGGAGGAGGAGGAGGACGAGGACGAGGAGGAGGAGGAGGAGGAGGAGGAGGAGGAGGGGAGGUGCAGCAGCCAUGGGAAGGAUCAAAGUGAGGGACGUACUCGUGGUGAUGGUGGUGCUCAGUGUGACAGGCGGCACUGCAGAGGUUCUUCUCAAAGAGGUGAGGGUGCCAUCAGUAGCCUUGGAGGGGGACAUGCUUCACCUACACUGCGACUAUGAAGACAGUUCCUCGCUGUACACACUCAAGUGGUACAAGGACGGACUGGAGUUCUACCGCCACAAUCCUGGCGUCCUUCACAUCCCAGACCACAGCUGCCUCGACGACGAUGUUGAAGGUGUCUCCGUGGACUGCCGGAUGUCAUCUGAGGGCGAGGUGAUUCUGAAGGACGUAACCAGAAAGUCCUCGGGGCUCUACAAGUGUGAGGUGAUUGGCGAACACCCAACAUUCCGAAAGGAGGAGAAGAAGGGACACCUGACAGUUUAUUCGGAGGCCCUGAGGAAGCCACGAGUGGAAGGUGUAAGACAACAUUAUGCACCUGAUGAUGACAUUUAUCUCAAUUGCUCCUCCACCAACACUCAGUACCUUCCCACCCUCACCUGGCUUGUUAACGACCACCCAGCUGACCAGAAGUACCUCAUGCGUUAUCCAGCCGGAAAGAGCCUCGGCCUUCACCUGCCCAUCACUUUCGACCUCUUCCGCGGCGGCGUGAUCAGCGCGUCCUGCGUCUCCUCGCUCGGGGACACACACUUCAGAUCCACUAAUGUAACACUGCUCGGGCGAGGCUCACUGGCCGCGGCGAAGGGGACCAGUAGUGCAGAUAAGUUGAGUUGGAGUCUCUGGCCGCGCUGGGUAAUGGUAGUUCUUCUGCCUCUAUUGCUAACACACUAAUGUUAACCUGUCUUCCAUGCUGAGAAUCUCUUCUUUAUAGUCAUACCACUAGACUCCCUCGCAAUCUAUAAGGUGCUCGUUUCUUUUUCUUUUCUAGUUAUUUAACACAGAACAAUUUUGUACUUUUUAAAGCAGAGUGGCAGGUUUUGAAAUUGUUGAUACUCUCAGUUCAAAUGUGUUGAUCAUAAAGGUGCUACCAAGUUCGCGAUGUGUAAAAUGUGAACUCUUCUUGUUUCACUAUUUGUACUCAUGUAAUGUUUCUACUUAUUACCUUUUGCUGUUCUCCUCCUCUUUGUAUCAACGGCCUGUUACUGGAACCGUUUUUUUCCUAAUUUUUUUUGCCCUUCCUUCAACUACAACAACUGUGACAACAACAACUACAACAACAACAAGUACUUCUAUUACUUCUACCACUACUACUACUACCUACUACUACUACUACUACUACUACUACUACUACUACUACUACUACUACUACUACUACUACUACUACUACUACAUACUACUACUAUUACCACUAUUACUACUACUAAUGUCCUGUUCCUAUUUGUUAACAUAGAGCUCCAAUUUCCUCUUAUUAAAUGUGUAGUCAAGAUUCACUCGAGUGUUUGUUUACCUUUCAUCUCGUACGCCUCUGAUGAACGCUGUCUAAUUAAGAAAUCUGACGCAGCGACACCAAAAUACAUACACUACAAUUCAGUGGGUCCUUUUUUCUCCCAUUUUUUGUUGCUCUUGGCCAGUUUCUCCCCAUGGAUAAAAAGAAAAGUUAUUGUAAGACAGUGGGAAUUUUGAGAUGCCAGCUUUGUGUCUCAUGCUGUAGCUACAUUUUGCCUCUGUGUCGCCCUGCAUUGUAUCUCACACGUAUUAUUUAGUACGCCUUUGAAUAUUAUGACUUGAGGUUACCUUUCCUGUUCCUGUGUAAAUAUAUCAAUGCCAGUAUA